CGUUCGGGCAGUUGCUCUGUCGUUGGUGUCCUUGUUCUCGUUCAAACGCCCUGGGUGUUGGACGCGUUCUCUUGGUCAUGUUGUGUCACAAGCGGCACCAGGAGCUGCAGGAGUCGACGGGAUCUUGGAAUUCAGCCAAUUGCACAUCCCAGACUGCAAGUCCACUUGCAUGUUCAAUACUGGUUCAGCGCCUUGGACAAAGCACAGGUCGCCUCGCCAUGGCGUCAUUAGGUCGACUGUACCACCGCACUAUGGUGAAGAACCCCAUCGCCACACAAGCAGCAACGGCGGGGCUUCUUUUUGCUGCUGGUGACGUCGUUGCUCAGCACGGGGUGGAGGGGAAGGGUGCAGGCGAUCACGACUGGGCGCGGACGGGCCGUUUGACGCUUUACGGUACAUUCGCCCUCGGGCCCGCUAUUGCCGUGUGGUACAGGUUUUUGAAUAGAGCUGUGUCUUUCAAGAAUCCGCUGGGUGCUACGGUCACGAAAGUCGCGAUGGACCAAUUUAUGUUUGCACCUAUCAACAUGUUCUGUUUCUUUACAUCUAUGGGCUUCAUGGAGGGGAAAACUUGGACCCAAGUUAAACGGAAACUGAGCGAGUCGUACCUGGAAGCAUACAAAGCGAACUGUAUGCUCUGGCCGCCUGUUCAACUCUGCAACUUCUACUUCACUCCAGUGAACUACCAGUCGCUCGUGGUGAAUACCGUAGCAUUAGGAUGGAACAGCUAUAUGUCCUGGACUAAUGCCAAGACGAGACCGAGCCGAAGCGAAACCGAGGGCAAACGGAAAUCAGAUGCCGAAAGGAAUUGAGGCUUUGUGCUGUCUGGAAGAGACGUGAGCUGGUUGUAGGACUCUCGUACCGUGAUAUCAUCGACGGAGCACCGCAGGGAGCAGAUUAGAAAUGUAUCAUAGAAACAUCAGAUUCUCAUCCACUUAUGUCGGCUUCCUUGGGUCGUGCAACGAGCUGGACAUUGGGAGAGAGAUUCGGUGAAGUACCUGUACUUAUCGCUGCAGUUUUGAUGCUGAGGUGUCAUAUUUGGCGCGGAAUUUCGACAGCGCGUUGCUCCGCUGGAGUUGACUGUAUUUAUCAAACC